AUGAACUUUUUGGAAUCUUACAUAGGCAUAGGCUUGAGAUACAGAUACAGAAACGUGUGGAAUGCCCUUGUGUUUUUGAUGGGGUACAAUGUGUAUAGCACACUGCGCACUACGCUGAGGCUCUCCUGGCACAGUGUCCAGAUGGACUGUGUUUUUUCAUUUUUCUGCAGUUUUUUAUCAGCAAAUCGCCCAUGCUCUGAUCUGCACAGGGUAACUCACUGUCCGCUGCACACUCUAUUUAGCAAGUCUAAUAGAACACACACGGUCUUUCUAAUUGCGAUGUACCAUCUUAUAGUUCCUCUGCUUUUUUUUAAAUUUGUUUCUCUGCUUUUGUUGUUCAUUUUCUUUGCGUCUGUUGACCUUUUUUACUUAAACAUAGUUCCAGCGUAUUUCAAGUUUAUGCUCUCCUGUGUGUAUUGCCUCUUUCUAGCAGAUGGGGUGCAAUUUGGAUAUAAACACAUUGUGGAAAUGCUGUAUGGCAACUACAUCUACCGAGUGUGGGCUGUUUAUGUAGACAGAAGUGUGCACUUGCUUAUAUUUUUUAUUGAGCUGCUGUUUCUUGUCAUUACUUCAUUGGCGUACAUUAACUUCUAUCUCUUAUCCCAGCUAUGCAGCACCAUACACAUCAUUCAUUUGGUGUUUAUAAACCUUCUCUCCAUAGUAAUGUUUUUAUUGAUGGGUUCUAGAAUUGCCCUCAAUUUCUUCAAUGUGUACAGCAGCAAAGAAAAGAAGAAGAGUAUGCUGGUAAAAAGCGCCGUACUAUUUGCAGUAGCAAAUGCUCUUUUUUUAAUAUUCAAAAAAUCCAUUCCUAUGGGCAUAAGCCAUGAUGAUAGAACUUAUCUCAAGCUAUAG